AUGAACUACAACCCUAACUUUGAACAGAUUGGAAAUGCCCUCAUCCAGCUUUACUACAGCAAAUUCGACGUCCCAGAUGGUGCUACCAGAGCAGCGGGCCUCCAAGAACUGUAUGAUCCAGAAGCCUCUAUUAUGACAUUCGAAGGUUCGCAAGUGCGGGGUAGGCAAGCUAUUCUCGAGAAGUUUGGUGUAAGUUACAUUUUAUAUUUUCUUAUCUUCGUUUAGACAUUACCUUUUCAACAAAUCCAAAGAGCCAUAACUAAAGUAGAUUGUCAACCACUUGCUGAUGGAUCUGUUGCAAUUGCUGUUUUUGGACAACUUAAAGUAAGUUCAGCAGUUUUUAGGAUUCUGAACGAGUUGAUUCGUUUCUAUCAAGCUUAUUUACAGACCGAUGAGGAUCCUGUGAACUCCUUUACCCAAUUCUUUGUUCUCAAACCUAACGGUGGAUCGUUUUUUAUUGCAAAUGAGAUCUUCAGACUUGUACUGCACGACAUGUAA